GUAAAGCGGCUUGAGAAUUAUACAUAUUUUAAAUACACUGGAAUAAUGCUAAUUAUAGAAAGGAGAGCACAUAUACAUAUACCAAUAAGCAGACUAAAAAAAAGAAGAUAUUUUAGAUCCUAGCGUGAGUAAAUCCUUCAGUCACUUUUGUGUGACUUGGGAAAAGGUCAGUGUAGAUCAGACAAAAAUGAUAUACUAUAUAUACAUAUGCAUGCAGAUAUUCCUCACAAUGGGAGAUAACUCAUGAAGUGCGCGUAAUUUCUGUUCAAAAGGGAACCAGAAUGAAUUCUUACAAAUAGAGUGUCGAGAGAUUUGAAAUAAUAAUUUGGAAAAUAUCUUUCACAUCCAGACUGCCAGUACGAACAGUUCAGUUGCUUAUGAAAGCGUAAAUAUUUUAUUACAUUAUAUAUAAAAGUGUCUGUCUUACUCCAGUAAUUGGAAAACUCGAGUGAAUGCUGUUUUUUGUGGCAAUGCUGCAUUGCAAAAUCAGUUAAAAAAAUCAUAACAACCAACAAAACCAGCCCGUGGUCCGACUUGAAUUGCUGUGUAUAUGCAUACACACGGUGUACAUACAUACGCGUAUUUUACAAACAUAUAAAUAUAUUUCCUUGCUGCCGCUGCACACUGAAAAGAAAGUGAAUUUAAGUGUUUCUGCUCACGAAUUGUGACGAAAGAAAGACUGGCGUGAAGAGCAAAACAAAAGACAUCAAAUGUAAAAACAACAACUUCAGGGCCGUCUCGCGCGGUACCAAAUGUAUGGGCCCCCGCAGACGCAGUGUGGAAAUCAAUUUAUAUAAUUAUAUACUACUUUGUGUUUGAGCGGGUGUGUGCGUUCGCUAAUAGAGGCUGCGAAUGCCGUUAUAUAUGAACAUUAUAUAUUUGAUCGAAAUUUUCGCAAAAAUGUGUGAAAUGUUCAAAUUGACACCCUUUCGUUUUAUAAAUAAAACCAAUUGGAUGCCAGCAAUUCGCAUAAAGCAGGCGUGGUAUUUGUGAAACACACAUAAAAAAUUUGUUUUCUUUUUUAUGCACGUACUUUUUUGCUCAACGAAAUACAGUCUCCGAAAGCAUAUCCGAAAUGAAUCUCUCGCUUUAACGUAAACAUUCAAACAUAUGUAUGUAAGUUCGUUCAAAAAACAAUAAAUUCGAAAUGAAUGCGACCUUGAACCUUAACGCGAAUACAUCAAGUGACCGGCUGCAAUGGUCACUUCAUCAAAGCAACAACAAUAACAAAACCACAUACCACUUUCCCCACACGACGGCAUCGUCGAGACUUGGUAGCGCAGCUGAAAGCGAUGAAGAGGAGAAAAAAGAAGCCGAACAUAGACAAGCCAAUGACUCCUAUACAACUAACAGCACUCCAACUCGAACACCUGCGCUCUUUUUCGAUGAGGAAAAUCUGCUGAUGGAGAGCACUUCUCGAAUAGGAGCCAAUUCCAACACAUUUCCGCCAAAAGCGUUGCAUAAAAGUAAUAGUUAUUGUGGUGUCACGCGUUCAAAGUCGACCGUACUUAAGCGGGAUAGCAUGAAUGGCCGUAUUGCUACCAGUCUUACGGACGACGAUAUAGGCACUAACAAUUACAGGGUGACACUUUACGCAGCUGCAACACCCAAUAAUGAUUUUACAUCCAAUAUGCCUAACAACUACGACGACGAUGCGAUCGUCGAUCUUCCUGAUGAAAACGAUCUGCUAAUGCCAUUCGGAACUGAUGCUGGUGACGGUGUCGGUGUCGGCGGUAGCAGUACCAACAGUGCACCCAGCGCCCGACGAAGUGUUUGUAGUACGAGUAAGGCGCGUAACCCGUUUUUCAACCGCAUAAGUCACAACCGAAAAUGCUUUGUGGGACUUCUGUUGUUGCUAAUAGCAUUUUCGGCGUUUCUGAUACUCGCAUAUCUAACACGUGAUUAUACAAAACAACUUCUAUUGUGGAUCGAAAUGCAAAACCCCUGGAUUAUAGUGGCCAUAUUGAUAGCGUUGUUUGUUUUGGUUAGCUUUCCGAUAGUGGUGGGCUAUUUUGUGCUUAUGCUAACUUCCGGUUACUUGUUUGGAGCGUUAAAGGGUGCCCUAAUUGUGAUAGUAGGUGCAAACAUCGGUGUCGCCGUUUCUAAUUUGGUUAUUCGCAAUUUACGUCAUCGCAUACCGAUUCAUAAAAUAAUAAAAAACGAGACUGGUCGUGCUAUACUGCGCGUAAUUUCUGGACCAAAAGCAUUCAGAGUAGUGUUAUUCACACGCUUAACGCCCAUUCCAUUUGGCUUGCAAAAUACGAUAUUUGCGGUCAGUGCCGUUAAUCCACGUGCUUAUCACACGGCCUCGCUCAUAGGGCUCAUGCCGGCGCAGAUAAUUAAUACAUAUUUGGGAUCAACACUGAGGUCAAUGCAAGAAGUGCUUAGUAGCCAUGGACCGCCGUUGACGGGUUACAUUAGCUUUGGUCUUGAGGUCAUCUGCGGUGUUACGCUCAUGAUGUGGGUCAUACAAAAGGCGCGUAAAGAGUUGGCUCAAACACUGCUCGCCGAUCUCAGCAACCAAGGCAAACUGAUAGAAAUAGAUGUGUGAUUGUUGUGAUGUGAAAAGAAGGACUGUUACUCGUAUUGUUUCCUUUUAUAGAUGCCGGGCAGUAUUCAUUGCAAUAUGAAUGAAUUUGAAAUGCUCAAUUAAAACUCGUAAUCAAGGCUGGCUAUUGCCAACUUCAUAUUAUAUAUAUUAUACAUAGUACGAAUAUAUGAUAUGUUACAUACAUAGUUGCAUACAGGCAAACUUCCAUAGACGUUUGUUGAAAACGCUAAACGCUCACUAUACAUAUAAAAAAAAGACUAUUUUAUAAAUUUUUGCUCUCUUUGUUUUUAAUGAAUUUAAAUAAAAACGAAAAAAAUUAACUUAAAUAGACAGUUUAUUUUUCAUUUAAAAAUGCAGACACAUAAAAAUUGUAAUACAAAAAAUGAAAAGGAAUGAAAAGAAGGGAAUGUUUUUUAAAUUAUAGUUAUGUAUAGAAACUUGUACAUGUAAAUGAAAAGCCAAAUUUAAGUAAGAUUAAUGUGAAAAUAAAUUUAUAGUAUAAAAUUAUUAUUACUUAUUAUUAAAUUACUAAUUAAAAGAAUUAUAAUUUAAAAUAAAUGUUUUGUUACAUGAUUAGAUCUACAAACAUAUUUCAAGUAUUAACUGGUAAAUUCUGGAAUACAUUUAUUUACAUUUACAAUUGUACUUUCUAAGCAUUUAUGCAAUAAACAAGUGCUUUUCAAACUAUCCGAUAGUUGUUAAAUUCCUGAACUUUUGACAAAACCAACUCUUUGACUUAAACAGUUUUGCUUUUGGAGCGAAAAAUUCUGAACUUUCUUGGAACAAUUUUAUGAUACAAAAUUCAUGUGCUACAGCUGUGAAUAAUUACAAUAAUUUUUAAAUUAUCUAAUUAUAUACAGCAAGACACACGCCAGAAAUAGCAGGAAGCGCUUGGCCAAACACCUAAAAAGGGUGUAAGAAGACUGUGUGCUGUAUAUUGGCAGGAAGCUUUAACUAUUUUUUUUUAAUUUUAAAUAAUUUUGUACAAAAAUAUAGUUCACACUACUACAAAAACCGCCUAAUGCAACGUUUCAAACUUUGUUCAAAAUUUAUAAAAAUUCGGCAAAUUUACAUCCAAAUUUCAAACUUUUUAAGCAGAAUUUUUGUAUGCAAUUUCAAGUAUGCAAUUUUGGUAAAGUUCAAGUUUUAAGUAGCUAAAAAGUCACACUGAUUCUUCAGAAUUUUUUUCGCUCACGGUCUUGUGCAUUUUCUCCACAUUUUUUUAUAUGGAAGAAAACACGCAGCACCGUCAGCAGAAAAAAUCUCAAAAAUCAACGCGAUUUUUGAAUCACUUAAAAUUUGCACUUUAUGUUGGUGAAAUUGAAUGAUCUAUAAAACUGCAUACCUGAAAUUUUUCUAAAAAUUCUGUGUAAAAAGUUGGAAUAGAUUUGAUCAAAAUUUGGCGAAUUUUCACGAUUUUGCUUUAUAUGGUUCUUCAUUGUAGCAUCAAUUAUAUUUUAUUUUAAAUUAAAAGUGCAAAAUAAAUAAAUUAAAAGUACUAAAUAAAUAAAUAAAUAGUCAAAACGUAUCAAUAUAUGGUGUGCACUUGCUUUUGGCGCUGACGGUAAAUAUCAUUAAAAUAAUUGAGUCGAGAAAUUUAUUGUUUGAUUGGUUGAAAGUGCUAAGUGGAUUUAGGGUGUUUUGUCAAAAGCGCACAUUUAAGUAUAGUUAAUUUACUAUUUAAGAAAUUCAUGUAUAUCGGGUGUUUUUUUAUCUGCAUGAGAACUAUCGAUAACGAUAACUAUGGUUUGACAGCUGGGCAUGGCAAAUUGUGUUGACAUUUCUCCUUAGUAAGGUUUGACAGGUCUCACGAAUCGUUUAACUCAAGAGCAGCGCUUCCAAGUUGUGGAAAUUUACUUUGAAGAAAAUAAAUGUGUACGCGAAGUACAUAAAGAAAAAUAUUUAAGAAAACUCCGUGCUCUCGAUUCCUCGUCAUUCUCAACUGGUUAGGCUUUGUGCUCCGACUACAUGGACAAUUUUACGUAGUGCGAGAAUUGAAGCUAAAUGACCAUCGUUUGCGUCGCAUUUUUGCUGAUUAAACUCUUUUACAUUUAUUAUUCAGAUUUAUUGAAAAAAGAAGUCAAAAAUUGAACUGAUCGAAUGGACUAUGCAACUUGUAGCCGCGACGGACAUAUGCAUGAUGUCAUAUUGAAAAAAUAAAUGCCAUGAAAUUAUCUGCCAGUUUAUAAUAAAAUAAGUUCAUUCCAAUAUUUUUGUUUUGCAUUAUCGCUUUAAGUUCUCAAGCUCUUAAAAACACCCUUUAUGUAUGUAUAAACGCAAGUUUUUUUUAUUUUUUGUAGAUAUUAUAUUCGAAUUGUUUACAUAUUUUUUAUGCAUACGUACAUACAUAUGUAUGCACAUAAUUAAUAAAAACUGUCAAUCUCGCUUGUAUUCUCUGUAUCUUGUAAAAAUAAAAACGGUCUGAGUUUAUAAAAACAACCAAACUGUGCCUAAAUCUAAUGACAAUUUCGCACUAAUCAGUUUUAAUAAGCUCCGCGCACGCUUUCACGCUCGCUUUUGUAAUUGAAAAAAAAACAA